CCUAUCAACACUAUAAAUACUACUAAUAACGAUACUACUAUUAUUACUUCUAGUAAUAAUAAUAAUAGUGUCAAUGAUAGUACUAUUAGUAGUAAGGUUAUAUUACCAAAAACAUUUAAUGAUAAUAUUGUUAUUGUUCCAACAAAUAUUCCAAAUUAUAAUUGUUCACAAAAUGUUCAAUCAAAAAACAAUACAGGAUUAAUGAUUCGUCGACGUAGUGUAAGUUCUAAUCCAUUCAAUCGUAAUUCAUCAUUAUUAUUAUUAUGUAAUACUAAUGAUCAAUUCAUUCAUAGAAAUAAUAUUAAUAAUCAAUCACCGAAUUUAACACCUCCAUCUUCACCACAAUUGUUUAUUGAUAAUCAUCUAUCAACAAGACAUACUACAUUAACAACAUUCCCUCAACCAAUCUUAUCUGACUUGUCAACAAUUUCAUCUAACAAUUCAAUAAAACAUCAAAGAAGAAAUCAUUCAAAGAUAUCAACUAUAGCCUGUAAUAAUGAUAAUAAUAAUACAUUGUCACCAUUAAGAAAUCGAAGAAUAAUUCAUCAACCUAUACAAUCAAUAACCAAUGAAAUAUUCAAUUAUCCAAUGACUUCAAUUUCAAUGAAUAGAAAUCUAUAUCAUUCUAAUCAUGAUCAAAUAAUUCAAGAAAGAUCAUAUAUAAAUAAAGAUGAAGAUUAUUCUCUUAAUCAACAAUAUAAACAAUCUUGUGAACAUCACAAACAAAUAGAGAAUAAUCAAUUAAUCAAUAAUCAAUUAAUCAAUAAUCACCGAAAUACCUAUUCAACUCCUGUAUAUUCUAUAAAUAGUAAUUUAAGUAUACAAUCUGCUAUCAGUUUACAAUCAUUAAAUCAACUUAAUUCAAUUAAUCAACCGAAUCAAAACUAUUCAACUGGGAAUCAUUUGGUUACUACUAGGGAAUACUCAGUCACAGAGAUAAAUAAUAAUUCAUUACAACAUUGUUAUUAUCAAGUACCUUUAAGUGAAUGUCAACAUCAAUAUUCAUCAGCUUUUCAACGAUCUGAUUCUUUUACAAAGACAUCAUCAUCAUUACUAUUAACGACAACAACAACAACUGCAUUGCCUAUUGGUAAUGUAACAUUCAAUAGUAUAACUUCCCCAAUUCAAUCGAAUACACUACAUAAGAAUAGAAUUCGACCAAUAGAAAGAAGACGUUAUACACAAUCUGGAAUUACUUAUCAGCAUCAUAAUAAUAAUGAAUUGGAAAAUGAAAUGAUCCGAUUAAAACAACAACAACAACAAUAUACUAUAAUUCCACAAAUGUUGAAAAGAUCUUCUCAAUUGUCUAAAACUCAUUCAAAUGUACAUGAACAAAAUGGUAUUUGUUUAACAUAUCCAUCAAUAAUUACUGAUCUACAUGGGGAUAAUAAUAGGGAUUUACCUAUAUUAUCAAAUAUAAGGCGUCAAAAACCAGUCAAUAGUCGAAGGGUUUGUUUAUGAUCUAUACUAUACCAUACUAUACUAUACGAUGUAUCCUUAGUACUACUCGUACUGUUCGAUACAAUAUAAUAACUUAUCAUUCAUCUACAAUGUAGCUAUUAGUUUAAGUGAUUCACCAUUACAUUACACUUAGUGGUUUGAUGUUUGACAGUUGUUAGUUUGAGAGAUUUGACAAACACUGAUUAAUGGAAUUUAAAUAGGAGUACUAAGAAUUAACCACUCACGGAGGAGCAUAGGUCUCCCAACAACACUCUCCAUCCAACCCUGUCCUGGACAUUCCUAACCAGCUCUUUCCAGUUGUUAUUCAUUCUUUUCA